AUGGCGGCAGUAUCCUCAUCAAUGAACGACGAUAAUGGCAACCCCCAACCAGAUAUCUCUGUGGUGCAAAAGUAUGAAGACUAUUGUGUUUUACUUGUGACCCGAGGAUUUGGAGGGCCCCAAGAAAUCCAGAAAUGGCUACGGGGACAAGAAGAAUCCGCCUGUUUUCGCAAUGCCACUGAUACCGUUGCCGCCAUCGAGAAACCAUGUCCUGCAACCACGGUUGCAAAUGGCGGGCAGAACACAGCAGCAUCCCAGGAAUCCAACAACAAUCACACUAUGAUCAGAAAUGCCGUCUUGCUAAAUUAUCACUGCAAGGCAUAUGCUCGGGGUCUAGUGCUGGCAGCUAGAAACAAGUCGGCUGCUCAAUUAGUUUCCCAUGUUCAGCUGACCGUCCAAUGCUUGUGCAAGGGAUACCUCAAGCCACAGGAAGAGCAGCAACUGGAACACACCUUGGGCAAGACUGAUUGUCAACUACGAAUAAAGGGGUUGCAGGCAGCACGCAGCAACACACUGGGGUACAUUUCGCUGGUGCAAGCUACCAAUCUGCCAUCUUCCAGGUCGCCCGAUUGCACCUUUGUCAUUCCUCGACAGUUUCGACGACAGCUCAAAGCCUCUGGGUUUCCCGUGUUGGGUCAUACCAAAGACUGCCAACAAUUUCGAGGCGAGUCCUUGUGCAUGUCGGUAAUCAAGCUGCAAUUCCAGGUGGCCACUACUGAUGGAGCUGGUGCUGUGGUGGAAGAAGUUGUGUGCAUUGAACGAGCACCUCGGCUGAAGAUUCUUCUCGAACGGGAAGAACGAUUCUGGAAGGAAUCCAACACAGAGGCGGAUGUGCAAGCAAUGGAUGAUGCCACCAUCUCGAAGCCAACAGCGUACAUUGCAGGCAAGGCUUCCUUUUUGGGACACCAGUUCUUUGUGAAUUCUGCCGUCAUGAUCCCUCGUCCGGGCAGCGAGGCAGUGGUGCAACGAGCCUUGGAACUGUACCAAGAAACGACAGAGUUGCGCAAUGAAUCCUCUCCACCACGAAUACUGGAUCUUGGAACGGGGUCGGGGUGCCUCUUGUUGUCCCUUCUUCGUAGGCUGCCGAUGCAUGCGGUCGGGGUUGGUGUGGACAAGUCUACGGAGGCCCUGAAAGUGUCCCGGCAGAAUGCCAUGGCCCUGGGAUUGGCACCACAGUGUACUCUCCAGGAAGGAGACUUUGGUCAACUUGACAUGCUCGCUCUUGAAAGUAGUCCCUUUGACAUUGUCGUAUGCAAUCCACCCUACCAUACUAGAGGCGGGCGUCAACAAAUCAAUGCUGCCAGUGUGGCGCACGAACCUUCCAUGGCGUUGUUUGUGGAGCAUGCCAACAUGUUGGUCCACUAUCGAGAUGUAUUGCAAGGCCUGAAGCGCGGCAAACUUGUUCACAGAGGGACUGUACUUGUUUUUGAAGUUUGCAAGGACAACGCCAAGCAUGUUGGAGCAUUGAUGCAAGAGAAUGGCCUCGAGCUGAUUCGUAUUGGCAAGGACGCGAAAGACUGUGUCAGAACGGCGGAGGGUGUCUUUCGGGGGUUUGCUACCAGCUAG